AUGGCCGGGAGGUCCCCGGUGUCCCCAUGUCCUGCCUGGGCCCGGGCUGGCCGCGCUGUCCCCGUCGCCGAGGGCUCGGUGCCCCAGCGGUGUCGCCACGGGGCCAGCUCGGGGCCAGCCCCAGAGCCCGGCUCCCGCUGCCGCUGUCCCCGCGCUGCCACCGCCAGCCAGCCGUGUCCCUUGUCCCUUGCAGCCCAGAGCCUCGGCCUCGCUGGUGCCCCGAGCCCGCAGCUCCUCGUGGAGCCCCCCUGGAGGCCGGCGGUGCUGUGGGACCGGGUGACACUGACCUGCCGGGGCUCGGGGACCGCCGGGGACACCACCUGGUACAAGGACGGGCGGCGAUGGCGACAGAAGGGACCCGAGAGCUUCACUGUCACCGAGAGUGGCACCUACCAGUGUGACAGAGCCGGCACCGGGCGCAGCCCCCCCGUGACCGUCUCAGACGGUGAGCGGGGUUUGGGUGUCCCCAGCCCGGCAGCCGCGGGGACCCCGAGAGCUCUGGGGGGGCAGCUGGAGCUCCUGGUGCUGCAGGUGCCGGCGGGGCCGCUGCUGGAGGGGGACACGGUGACACUGCGCUGCCGGAGCAGGUGGGACGACCCGGUCACCGGGGUGUGGUUCUACCACGAGGAGAAUGAUUUGGGUGAAUCCCGGUGGGAGUUCCUGUCCCGGACGUCCCUGUCCCCUCUGAGGCUGCAGCACAGCGGCCGCUACCGCUGCCGGACCCGGUGGAGUUCCUGGUCCUCAUGGUGGGUGCAGUCAGAGCCGGUGUCAGUGACAGUGCACGAGCUCUUCCCGGUGCCGGUGCUGGAGGCUCCGGCCGAGCUGAUCGCGGGGUCCCCCCUGAAGCUCAGCUGCCUCAGCAGCCGCAGCCCCCUGCGGCCCCUCACCCCCCUCGUGCACCGCUUCUACCGGGACGGGCGGGAGCUGGGGGGCCCGCAGGGGUCCCCGCAGCUGCUGCUGCCCGCCCUGGGGGUCUCCGGCUCGGGGAAUUACAGCUGCGAGGUGCAGAGCCAGGGGGGGGCCGUGCGGAAGAGCAGCGCCCCGCUCCGCGUCACGGUGCUCGUGCCCGUGGCCAAUGCCACCAUCAGCCCCGGUGCCCUGGGCCAGCAGGUGCGCGCAGGUGAGCCCGUGAGGCUGCGCUGCUCGGUGCAGGUGGGCUCAGCCCCUGUCACCUUCACCUGGCUGCGCCACGGCCGGGAGGUGGCCCGGGGUCCCCUGCUGGAGCUCGCCCACGUCGGGCUGGCACAUUCGGGCACCUACCAGUGCGUGGCCACCAACCAGCUGGGACAGGACGGGCACCGCGUGUUCCGGGCACUCAGCCCCGAGCUGCUCCUGGAGGUGACAGCGGGGGGACACGGCGACACAGUGGCCGCAGCGGUUGGGGGGUCCCUGCUCCUCCUGCUCCUGCUCCUGGCUGUAGCUGCGGGCUGGCGCCGGUGGAACAACGUGGCUGCCAGGAAGCAGCAGGAGAGGGCCCCCCCGGCCCCCCCGGAGGAGGGGGAGGUGCUGUACAGCCGCGUGGUGAGCACCCAGCGCCCAGGGGGUGACACGGGGCUGGGACACCGGGACAUGUCACCCAUCGCUGCCGCCCCCACCCGGAGCCCACAGCCGGGGGCUCUCGCAGGCUCCCCCCGCGCCCCCACGCUCCAGGACCCCCGGGUGAUCUACGCGGAGCUGCGGCGACCCCACGGGCGACCCCGGGAACGCGGUGACAUCGACGGGGACGUGCUGUGACAGCUCUGGGGGAACUGGGGGGCAGCGGGGGACCCCCCACCCACGUCAGUGUCCCCCUCCCCACUGCUGUGGGGUGCCCAACAUUCACGGGGAGGCGGGCACAAGUGGGGGGGUCACCCGUGAGGUUCCCCACGCUCCCUGACCCCCCAAGGGCUUCCCCACCCCUUUCCCACUGCCCCAUUCCACAUCCAGGUACCCCCAGGGGCUCCCUGAUUCUCCUCCCAGUGCCUCUCCAUUGCUCCCAGUGUACCCAGGUGUUUCCCAUUCGAUCCGUCCCCAGUAGCCCUGUGGCUCUGCAAUCCCCCUCCCAGUGCUCCCAGUACAGCCCUGGCUCCCCACCAGUGCCAGGGGAGCCCAGGACCGGCAGC